GCCGCCUCCCGGGACUGCCGGCGGAGCGCAGCUGGGCUUCCCAAGGCCGCGAGCGGCGGUGCUGCAAGGGGCAAGAUGAACGUGGUGCUGGCGGUGAAGCAGUACAUCGCCAAGACGAUCGAGGAGAGCGGCCCGGGCAUGAAGGUGCUGCUGAUGGACAAGGAGACGACCAGUAUCGUGAGCAUGGUGUACACGCAGUCGGAGAUCUUACAGAAGGAGGUCUAUCUCUUUGAGCGCAUUGAUUCUGCCAACCGGGAGAAUAUGAAGCACUUGAAAGCCAUCUGCUUCCUGCGGCCUACUAAGGAAAACGUAGAGCACCUUAUUCAAGAGCUGCGCAGGCCGAAAUACAGCAUCUAUUUCAUUUAUUUCAGCAACGUGAUCAGCAAGAGUGACAUCAAGUCACUGGCAGAGGCUGACGAGCAGGAAGUGGUAGCCGAAGUCCAGGAAUUCUACGGAGAUUUCAUUGCUGUGAAUCCACACGUGUUUUCUCUCAACAUCUUGGGCUGCUGCCAGGGUCACAGCUGGGACCCAGCCCAGUUGUCCAGGGCAACCCAAGGCCUGACCGCCUUGCUGUUGUCUUUGAAGAAGUGCCCCAUGAUUCGUUACCAGCUCUCUUCAGACUCGGCCAAGAGGCUCGGGGAAUGUGUCAAGCAAGUGAUCACCAAAGAGUAUGAACUCUUUGACUUCCGACGUACGGAAGUCCCUCCCUUGCUGCUGCUCCUGGACCGGUCGGAUGAUGCCAUCACGCCACUUCUGAACCAGUGGACAUACCAGGCCAUGGUCCAUGAGCUGCUAGGAAUUAACAACAAUAGGAUUGACCUCUCACGGGUUCCAGGCAUAAGCAAGGAUCUUCGAGAAGUGGUUUUGUCUGCCGAAAAUGAUGAGUUUUACGCCAAUAAUAUGUACCUGAACUUUGCAGAAAUUGGCAGCAAUAUCAAGAACCUUAUGGAAGACUUCCAGCGGAGGAAACCCAAGGAACAGCAGAAGCUAGAAUCUAUAGCAGACAUGAAGGCCUUUGUGGAGAACUACCCCCAGUUCAAGAAAAUGUCCGGCACGGUCUCCAAACAUGUCACUGUGGUGGGGGAGCUUUCCAGGCUGGUCAGCGAGAGGAACCUGCUGGAAGUGUCCGAGGUGGAGCAGGAGCUGGCUUGCCAGAACGACCACUCCAGCGCCCUGCAGAACGUGCGACGGCUCCUGCAGAACCCCAAAGUGACCGAGCUGGACGCGGUGAGGCUGGUGAUGCUCUACGCCUUGCACUAUGAGAGGCACAGCAGCAACAGCCUCCCCAUCCUCAUGGCAGAUCUGAAGAACAGAGGGGUUUCCGAGAGACACCGCAAGCUGGUGUCUGCUGUUAUAGAGUAUGGAGGGAAGCGCGUUCGAGGGAGUGACCUCUUCAGUCCCAAGGAUGCCGUGGCUAUCACCAAACAGUUCCUCAAAGGGCUGAAGGGAGUUGAAAAUGUGUACACCCAACACCAGCCGUUAUUGCACGAGACCCUAGAUCAGCUCAUCAAGGGAAAACUGAAGGAUAACCUGUACCCCUACCUUGGUCCCAGCACACUUCGUGACAGGCCACAAGAUAUCAUCGUGUUUAUUAUUGGAGGGGCAACCUAUGAAGAAGCCCUGACGGUUUAUAACCUGAACCGCACCACUCCCGGAGUCCGGAUUGUGCUGGGCGGUACCAUUAUCCACAACACAAAAAGCUUCCUGGAAGAGGUUUCGGCGGCUGGUUUCCGUGGACGGGGCACAGAGAGCUCUCAAGCGGCAGUCAGGGCGGCCAGCAGGCGAUGAGUGGAUGACCUUCUCCAUCAUUCCCUCUGCCCGUCUCAGGACAAUAAGCAUCUCUCGUGUGUCCAAGCCGCGCCACUGUCCUGCCCUGGGCUGGUUUGCCUCCCUGGCUACGAGGCCUCUGCCUGGCCCUUGAAAACUCCAGGGAUGUCUGAAGUCUGCGUCCAGCUAGGCCAACCAAGCAGGGCUUGCCCGUGGACUCAGCGUGUCAUGUUUGUUGUUUUUUUCAUCAUGAUAUUCUGGAAGGGAACAAGGCGUGGGAAUGAAUGGCCAGAGAUGGCCAGAGAGGAGAACUGCCCAGAUGCGCCUUCUGACCUGGUCCAUUGAUCGAUCCCACUUCUUUGCUCUAUUUCCGUUCAGGUAUUGAGCUAGCUGCUUCACCUGGAGAGGCCCAAAGCUCUCUGCCCCUGUGUCAUGUGAUGUCUUAUCCCUCGAAAAGAAAUUGUAAGAGCCCCAAUAAAAGGAAGUCCUGAUUUU